ACGUUGCGUUGUUGACAUGGCGUUCUACUGAUAACCGUGGAUGAGAGUGGAAGCUUUUAAAUUUAUCACUUUUCUCUCAAGGAAAAGCAACGUACAGUGAACAUGGAGUUGUCCCCGCUUAUAAAGAAAAUAGGUCACUCUUUGCUGGAGAUAAGAGUUCGUGCGUUGAAGAGCAUCAUAUGUAAGUUGGACCAUUCCCUGAUUUCCGUCUCGGACAUUGUUCAAGAAAAGAUGUUGUUUGUGUAUCUCCUGGAGUGGUUUAAUUUCCCCGAGGUGCCAAUGCAAGAGGAGGUCCUGGAGUUGCUCACGACUUUAUCAAAGCAUUCCAGUGCAGCCCAGAUGCUGAGAGACGUUGGGGCAGUGGACUUCCUCACCCAGCUAUCCCCUAAUGUGGAGCCCAGACUGCAAGCUGUCAUCAGUGGAAUCCUGGACCAGCUGUUCCACCUACCAGAUAUAUUCCCCAGUAAAACAAUAGUCUACUCACAUGGACCACAUGAUACAGCUCCAAUAGCCCCUACAGUUGUUCCACCUGAAGAUUUUUCUAAAACUGGUUAUUUCCAGAGGAGUAUGCCAGCCUGUGCAGAUGUACCCCCUCACAAGAUAGCAGUGCACGAGUCUGUGAGAUGUCUGAAGUUUUCUGUGUUUCCAUGGCUGACUUUGACAAACACAGACGGACACAUACUUUCAUCCAAUGAGAGUUCCCUAAGGAGCAACAAGCUAAAUUUGGUGCAGACCACAUGUGAUCUUCUGCAUGACGUUAUUAUGCAGGAUUUUCCUCCUGAGAUCUUUCUGCAGAGACCAAGUAUCGUGAAGAACCUUCUCUCCCUGUUGAGGGUGGGUUCGAGUAAAGGUGAGCCAAGCUACCCCCACUUACAGGCUUUUUCCUGCCUGCGGCAGCUUUGUGUUGGGCUAAGGAGGCGACUUCGCUUUCAUCAAGAUCCAAGCUUCUACUCUACAAAGCAAGAUCCAGUGUCCCAGAACUCUUCCUUCUCCUACUCCCAGGAGGUGCGGGGCACCCAGCGCUCUCAGGCCUCUUCCCCAGGUGCAGAGUGCACUCCGCGGCCCUCUGUAGUCGGACGCAGAGGCCAAAGAGCAAGGGGAGAUGGCCAAGACGGAGAUGCAGGUUCUAACAGUGGCAGCUCACACAGAGGUGGAGCUGCAGUCCAGGCCCCCAGACAAAUGCCCCAGUCACCUACAGAUGUGGCCCAUUUGGAGCUCCCUGACCUGGGUGUAGAUGAUGUCCUGGAGUUGCAGUUACAGCAGCUCACUUUGGCCCAGUUCACUGUUGACGUCAUGGAGCAUGCUAUACCACUUCUUAAAACAGAGGGUUUGCAUGUGUUCCAUCGUGUUCUGGAGCUGCUGUGUGACACAAUCCUUCUGCUUGGGGACAGCGUUAGUGAGCUGGUCUGGGACGAUCACAGCCUGGUGGGGAUGGAGCUGAAAGAGAAGCUGCAAGCCUUCAUGGAGAUACUGGGAGAUAUCCUAAACUACCAUCAGAGCUAUCCAGCAGACAUUCCUCACAGUGCUCAGAUUCAACACAGAAUGGCCUACAUGGGAACAGCCAUAUUUACUAUUAAACUCCUACAGACCAUCCUCCCAUCUGAAAAGGCUGGUGACAUUUUACCAGAAAGCACCACAACAGCUCUUUUCCACCUAUGCUUGGAUACGUCAUUGGGAACUUUAUUACCUAGCAUGCAAGAAACAGCAGUAGCUUACUUGGAGCAAGUGAACUCUGACAACCAUGACCUGUACAGGAGGGUGACCCGUGCUGCCCUCUGGAUGGAGUCCACUUGCAACUUUCUCAAGGAAGCACAAGCAAAUGGAGAAAAGAACUGGUUGGAGUUACUGGAGCUUGCAGACCAAGCAAUAGAAGGCCUCCCGUUUCACCAGCACUUACCAAUUGUGAAGGAAUGUGUUCACAUCUGCUCUUAUCUUUGGAAGUUUGAUCAGCCCAGUCCUCUCCUCCAAACAGAGAGCCAGAAACUUCUCCUUAAGCUGCUGUCUCAUCCUUUGCUGCCUGUUAAGACGGAAACGUACACAUGCACUCUUAACCUGGUCAAGGACUGCAUCGGCAUCCACAAUGUGACACGACAGGAACCAGGUCCCUGUGGUGGAGUAAACUUCCUUCUCCACCAUAGGGUGCUGUAUGAAAUGAGUGCUUUUGGACUGCAGGACUCUGCAGAAAAAGUGAAUGCUGCUGCCAAGGAUAUCCUGCUAUUCCUGCUCAAGGGACGAUUGAUGAUGACAGCAUCAACCUGGGACAGAUUCAAUGAGGCACUUUACCCAGUCAUGCCCAUAUUACAGGGUUAUGCCAGUACUGAAGAGUCCCUGGGAAAAUGUGUCCUGCUGAUAAGUGACAUGUCAGAUGUGUCAAGAGACAACGUGUUUCCAAGUACUGCCAAGUUAAAAGCAGCACUGCGACUCCUCUUCACUAAGCAACCUGCUGUGAGAAUAGCAGCAGUGCAACAAGUCAUUCCUCACCUAACCAGUACUGUGGAGGCAAACACAGCCAGACCAGGCCUGGAUCAACCGGUGAUCUCUGCACUCCCAAAUCUCUACUGUGUCAGGAAUCCUUUAGACAUCACACUGGAUACAAACAGAGUGUCUGUCCUUAAGGUGGAGUCGGUGGAGAAGCUGUUUUGUAUCCUGUCCUCAGACACCGUUGAAAUGUCUCUGAGAAGAUCGGCUGCUGAGCAACUGUCUGUGGUGCUGCAAGACACAACAAUCCACCCAGUGCUGAAGAAUCUUGGAAUAACAGACAAAGUCCUUUCUUUCAUUAUGCAGAGUGUCAACGGCAGCGAGAGUAUGGAUUGCCUGCUGGAGCCUUGUGUAUGUAUCCUGAGGAAGCUGGUGUAUGCUGAUCCAUCUCUGAGGCACAGCCUGGCACAGCGCAACCUCCUGCUCCUCACACUGCUUAGGGCAUCCUUGAUAUUGAAGGAGAACAAAAGCAAUGGAAAUGAGAUCGCUGUCUUGAUGAGUUUACUGCUCUUUGAUGAGAUUGCCACCAUUGAAAUAUGGUCAGACAAAUCCAGCACAAAUGUGACACUCGCACCGUUUUCACUACCCCUGAAUGUAAUACUCAGAUACAACAUCCCAUUCCAGGCAGCGAAUCACCAUGCUGUCAGCCCGUACUGCUGUGUCCUUCCUCCAUACUCUGACCUCCUAGCCUUGGUCCCUGCACGCCAAGCCCUGCAGGUGGCUUGGAACACUGCAUGGCAUUCAGGGAUUGACAACCUCCUCGAGGAGCUGUGUGACACCUCAACCAAAGUUUCUGAAUUUCAUUCUGACUUAAAGCUGUCAGAAGCACAGGUUCUGGCACUACAGGCGGUUCACCCUCCCACUGCGCUGCAGGACUGCAUCCAGGCCAUCGUUACGGCAGCAGGACACAGUUCUGUGACCUCUGCCCUUUCCAGGCUCAGUCUCUACUUGCUGAUGGACAGACUGGCUCUCCCGCACAUCCCCACCCUCAGCUGCAGAGACACUCUACACUCUCUCAGUUGGCAGGCAGCAAUGACCAGGUUUCUCCAGGUGAGUCCAGCCUGUGUUGAGGAUGAGAGGCUGCUGGUGGGCAUUGUUGCAUUUUUGAAUGCCUACUUUAAACAGAUGCACACCAAGUCUGCAUCUCAUCCAGAGGACAAUGACCUGCGCUGGAUACUGGAACUGCUUCUCAACCAGGAGAAAGUGUCCCUGCUUAACUUGCUUGUCAUGGAGACCCAGACCUCAACCCAGAACACAGUGGAACCACUGGAACUGAAGAACCGUGUCAGCCAGAGACUACAGAGAGAACUCACCAGCUUCUUUAAUACGUUACUCCUCCAUCUAUCACACACCACUGACAGGCUGUGUUUGGCAUUAGCAGGACGCUUCAAGAGCCAGCUGGCAAUCUGUUUGCUUCGGAGCCUGCGGGUGUCUGAUGCUCCUCGUUUCUAUGGCCUUCCCAGCCUGGAGAGGACACUGCAGGGCAUGGUCUGCCUCACUGCCCACCCUGGCUGGAGCUCCCACUGCCUCGAUCUGGAGCCCUCCUCCCUGUGCUCAAAGUAUCUCAGCGGGCUGUUGGAGGUAAUUUCCUCAUUUUAUGUUGAGUGGGGAGGCAACUCUAUGUCUUUCAUGGGGAAAGGUGUGACAAAGAAUGCUGUCAUCUGCCUGCUUCACUUGUCCCAUGAGAUGUUGGCGGCUGAAAACAAGGACAAGAACUUCAUAUCCCAGUGGACUUUGGGAAAUGAUGCAGCUGCUGAGGAGACGAGUGCCUCUCAGCUGGGUUUGGCCUGGCUCGUCCCACUAUGGGUAGACCGAGACCAAGAGGUGAGGUUUGCCAGUUUGGCUUUGGGUGGAGCUUUGUCCUCAGUGCCCAACGGAUGCCAAGCUCUGUGCACUAGUUGUCAGAACAUCAGUGGUGGUCUGUGGGGCACAUUACUCAAUAUCGUCCUUGAUCAGCAGGAGAGCAGCAUGGUCCGCAGAGAGGCUACAUUUAUCCUGCAGAACUUGCUUGUGAUGCCCAUGCCUGCCAACGCAGAGGAGGCCAAGGACUCCGACUGGCAGCACCCAUGUGUCCAUGAUGAGGUGUCCGGUAUCUCUUUGGUGGGUCUUCCAGCACUCCAGGCUCUGCUCUACCACUGUCAGUACUUCCAGCAUGUUGCUCUCUCUGCCUCUGGCUGUUACAGAGGGAGGUACACUUUCCACCUACAACCAGUUAGCAGUGGCAGUACUCAGGAGAGUGACUCACUGGAUUCUGAGAACUCUCUGUUGUGGAGAUGUGACCCACCAGCAUCCACUGUCAACUCCAGGAGACCUUCCAGCUCCCUUUCUACAUCCAGUACCUCAAUAAGAAGUUCAGAGCCACUCACCAGUAAAGGGCUCUCCUCACUGAGCAUCUCAGAAGAUACACCAGCCAACAGGCUCAUGGCUCAAGGCCAGAGUGACACAGACACCAGCGACUCUAUUACCUCCCAAGAUUCUCGACAGGCUGAGCCCUCAGCCGCCGAACCAGUUGUCAUGGUAACUCCCGACCUCCUGACGGCCCACUGUGGCCUGCUGACUAAUCUGCUGUCCAUCCUGUCAGAUUUCACUCUCACUGCCAUCAGACACAACCAGCUCCUCCAAGCCCUGGCCAGUCUGGUGGAUAUCAGGCCCAUUGAGAAAUGUCUAAAUGAGCUAAAUUCACCCAACGUGCUGCCAGGCGAGCGAGAAGUUAUCAAGAGCCAGUUUGUCACCUUAAUACAGUUCCUGUCCAGCUUCUCAAAGCUGCUGCAGUCAUGUGUCACAGUGAGCCAAGACAUUAUUGUUGAACUGGACUUCCUGAAACAUCUGUUGACUCCUCUGGUUUCAGUGCUCAUGCUGGACAGCAAAGGACUAGAUGCAGGUACCCAGGACACGGUUUGUCUGUGCUGGGCAGACGUGUUUAUGCUUCUGGCUACUCUGGUGAGGAGGGACAGCUCAGCAGCUUACCCAUCUGUCUCUGCUGCACUGGGGAAAUGCUGGCGGACAUUUGCAGGAACUUUGUCAGUGUGUUUGACUGAGAGGUUUGCAGACCCUCUUCUCUACACAGUGGCGCUGCAGUUUCUCUGUACAAUAUUCACAGAGGAGACAAAGAGUCGAGGUGUCGAGGCCACAGCCUCUGACUCCAUGUAUGCAACUUCUUUGUCUGAUAUUGUCAAUGGUCCGUCAGCCACCCAGUUGUGUGAGCUACUACUGCAGAGUUUUGAUAAAAGGACCCUUCAGGACCCUUUAAAGAAGUUGACAGGUGGAGCGUUGAUGACACUGCUAACCUGCAGUCCCACGGCUCAGAACCAUGCUGCCAAAGCUGGUUUAAUUGACAGCUGUGUGGAGCAAAUGAAGCAGACUCAUUCCCAGCUCCACCUGGAGUCAGUCCGACCCAGCAAGGCUUCUCACCGCAAAAAGGAAGAGGGCCAUUUCAAGGAGGUGAAGCUGACUGUGGAGAUCCUGCGGAGUGCUCUUUACCGCAACGAUGAAUGCAAAGUGGUGGCCUCAGAUGCUCGCCUCACACAAACCCUCUAUGCUCUUUGGCCUUGGUUCCUGCUGGACGACCCCACCAUGGAGGCAGUGCUGGAACUGCUUUGCGUCUAUACGGCCGACUGUACCACAGCAUGCAGUUUGGUCUGCGGCACUGUUCUGUCGGGAUCAAAAGGCACCUCCAGCAGCUCUUUGAUGCUCACCGUCAUGAAGCUGGCCACAGGGGUCGCCCCAGACAACAGUCCAAUCCAGAAGCUAGCCUUCGCUCUGCUGACCAACCUUGCAAUGUCCCGCGACUGUAGGGGCGUCCUGCUAAAGAAUAACUUCCUGCAAACCUUCACCUCGGUGCCGACACCUAGAGCAGGUGGUGUUAAGGCCAUUUCUGUAGCCAGUGGCGGCAGUCUACUGACUCUGUGGUUGAAGCUGCUGCUCAGUCUCUCAUUUGCUGAAGACAUCCAACAGAGUAUCCUUAGGGUAAACGGCGUCCUGGAACUGCUGGCAGACUUGGCUCCACACCGGCGCCACGCACUGCUCAUCCUUCACAACCUUUGCUUCUGUCCUGCCAACAAGCCCCACGUCAUCGCCAAUGAUAAAGCCAUGAAAGCCUUGCUGCGCUGUCUGGAAAGUAAAGACUUGGAAACUCGUUGUAUGGGCUCCUCUGCAAUUUGGGCGUUGCUGCAUAACAAUCAACGGGCCAAGACAACUUUAAAGUGUCCUUCAAUACGUGUGAGGAUUGAGGAGGCACAUACCGUCUCUAAAAAAGAUGCAGAGAGACCGCAGGAGCCGAUGAGUGCCUAUCUGUUAAAGUGCCUUGAAAACGUUUCCCAGCUGCUAAAUAACUGAUUGUAUUUAUAGUUUUGUUUUUGUAUCAUGUUUUGUACUUUUAAUAAUAGUAAUAAUAAUAAUAAUAA